AUGGGAGAGUUCGGGUCGGAUAAUCGAUUCGGCGGAGGUCAAUGGAGGAACGAGAUUGUGAGCGGGAAGAGCUACGGAGCUAGGCAGACUCAAGCUUACUCAUCAUCAUCGCCCGGUUUGCCUCCGAUUCCAACUCACGCGGCGCGACAGAGUCAGAGCGAUUCGAAGCCCUGGAGCUUCAAAGAUCCCGAGUCGAAGAGGAGGAAGAGGAUCUAUAAGUAUAAGGUUUACAGCGUUGAAGGUAAGGUCAAGGACUCUGUGAGGAAAGGACUUCGUUGGAUCAAGAACAAGUGCUCUCAGAUUGUUCGUGGGUACUAA